ACAAAACCGUUUCUCAUUGGUUGUAGUAACCCAAUAGGUAUUCAAAAAACAAAUUUUAGUCGGCUAACCGCGAUUUAAAAUGUCUAACGAAAAAGCAGCCUCAAAGGCAUUUAAAUUUCACGAUUACCAAGCCCGAUUAGCAUCUUUUAAAAACUGGGCAUUUGAUGACAUAGAGGAUUCUAUAUGUACAUCAGUAAAGUUGGCCGAAGCUGGUUUUUUCAGACCUUACCCUAGAAAACGGCCAGACCUUGCAGAAUGUUAUAUUUGCCUAAAACCACUAGAGGGUUGGGAAGAGCAAGACGAUCCGUGGACUGAACACAAAUCUCAUAUGCCAACGUGCCCCCUAUCUAAACUAAGAGAUAAAGGAAUCGAUGUAAACAAUUUAACAGUUGAACAGAGAAUCAAAUUAGAAUUAGAACGAGGAAAAUUUCUACUUCAUAGGGAUUAUCAAGAUAUAAAGAAAGAAUUUGAAGAUCGAAUACCGGAAGUAAGAAGCAAACUAAUGAGGUUGACUUGA